AUGGCCGACCAAGGUGACCUUCAAUUUGAGGAAGAAACAUCCAUGCAAAAGUUUAAACGCCGGCUCAAGGAAGAACCAUUGAUCCCUCUAGGAUGCGCCGCAACAUGCUACGCGCUCUUCCGCGCCUACCGAUCCGGCAAAGCGAAAGACUCAAUGGAAAUGAACCGCAUGUUCCGCGCCCGUAUCUACGCGCAAUUCUUCACCCUACUAGCCGUCGUAGCGGGCGGAAUGUACUACAAAAACGAGCGUAAACAACGCCGCGAAUUCGAGCGGAUGGUCGAAGAGCGCAAGGCGCAGGAGAAGCGGGAUGCGUGGUUACGCGAGUUGGAGGCCAGAGAGAAAGAGGAUAAGGGGUGGAGAGAGCGGCAUGCUGCUGUGUCUGAGGCGGCGAAGGAGGCUGCUGCUGGUGGGAAGAAGAGUACGAAGGCUGUGGAUGAUAAUGUGAAUCAGGCGCCGCAGGAAAAGAGUGAUGAGAAGAGGGGUGUAGGGAUUCUCGAGGCCGUAAAGGCGUUGGUCCAGGGUAAUAAGGAGAAUUAA